UAAUAAAACAGCUACGAGACAGACUUGUCUGAAAUAUUUUGCUUCUCUUUUUUCUAAAUAUUGAUUUGAAAUAUCCUUGCAACUGCAGUAUCCAUCAAAGACUGCUAUUUCCUAGACCUCUCUCCUCUGCCUCUCAUUCAUUACAACAAGCACUAACCCCCUUUUAUUAUCCCUUUGCAUUUCAUUCUACUGUCAAAAAUAGAAACCAUACAAUAUUACCAGAAUGUGCGAUAUUAGCGAUCCUCGGAUUCUCAAUACUUACAUCUCCAUUGUCGACGAUGAAUCUACUGACUGGUUGAUUUUGGGUUAUAAUGGCACAAGAGAUACCAUUUCCUUAUAUGCCUAUGGGAACCAAGGUUUAAGUGAAUUUCGAAAUAAUUUGACAAACGAAAUCUUAUUUGGCUUUGUCAGAAUUGAAGGGAAAUUCGCAUUUAUAACCUAUAUCCCAGAACGAAUCAGUGGUGUUACAAGAGCUAGAGCUCUGGUUCACAGUAGAUACAUCACCAGCAAUUUGAUCGAAAUACCUCAUAUUGAUAUAUUAGCAGCUCGUUUAAAUGACUUUGAUGACCUUAAUAUUUGCUGCAAACUAAAACUGAAAAAUGGUGUAAAACAGCCAUCAUCAAGGCAGCAGCAACCACAAUCACAACAAAGUAGUAAGCGGCGAUAUUCGAAACGAUCUUCAUCCGCAGCCUUUUUAAUAUCCCAACAGCAACAACCUCAGCAACAGUUAUUUGACAGAAGGCAGAAAAGCGAUGUCCAUGCUAACCUACCAUUCACACCUUUCCCAACGGAAGAUGCUCUAUCAGAGACAAAUUUAAACAUGCACCUUCUUCAGCAUAAUAGUAACCAGGCCCAAAAGAGAGAUAUUCAUUACAAUAAGCAACAAGAUGAUGUGGAUGAAAUCCAACAGAUUAUUAUGACGCCCUCUUUAUCAACGCCGACUUCUAUUACUUCGGACAGCACAAUAAUAACAGGUGCUAUGCAAUGCACAUCAAGCAAUCUAUUAAAUAACACAGCAACGAAUGAUAUACAUCAAAAAGCUGCAAUAGUAGAGGGACAACAAGAACAGCAUCAUCCAACUACUGUAAGACUUCAAAGUAGUUUAGCAGCAUUUAGUGAGGAACCAGUUCACUUGUUAAAUCAAAAGAAUAGCAACAAGGGAUCUGCAACACUGCAGUAUACAGAAGAAUAUACUAUAUCUGAGUCAAAGCCUGGACAAACGGCCGAACACUCGGUAGACAAGGAGCGUAGAACGCCGUCUUCUGCGGCAGAGAAUUUCAAUGGGAAGAAUACCUCAAAUAAACUGCAAAUCACCACAACAAAAAAUACAUACUCUUUGAGUCCAAAAAUACAUAUGAGUGGAUACAUAUCUGUGGUAAAAAAUGGUAGUCCGUUUCGCAAAAGACGGCUGUUCAUCAUGAAAGAUGACUGUUUGUCUCUGUUUCAGGACAGCUUGUGUAAAGAAGCUUUAGACCUCAUCCACUACCAAGAUUUAAUUCAACCGAUCAAACCCUUGAAUGAAGAUGAAGAUGAGGAUAUCUAUGUCCCUCAUUCUUAUUUCAUUCGAACAAAGAGACAGCAAGAUUCAUUUCAAUUCAUUGCUGAUGAUAAGCAGUUCGGUAAGCAAUUUUAUACAGUCUUUACCAACCUACAACAACAGCGAAUGAAACAGCCGUAGUGAUUCCACUCCUCAAUAUAAACUUUGCAUGAACUACUCACUUUUACAAUUUUCAGACGACCACUAAGACUAAAUGGGCACCUUUGAUCUUAGUAAUGCAGCCUUUAUUAUGUACUAAUAAAAAUUGUGGUUUUUGGCGUUGUUGGGAUGACCGAACAUAUGAUAACGCUCAGUACGGAAGAAUACUUGAGGCUGAUUGAAGAGGUUUAUAUCAAUACAAAGUGUAUAAGAAUGUAUCCAAACCAUGAAUUUCAAUUCUGAGACGUGUAAACACAUGUAGUAACUAUCCACUUCUUUGCCGGAAGCCUACUUCAAAGAGCUUAAUCCAGUAGCAGC